AAACACAAAGUCCCUCCUCUUUGCAAAAAAAGUUGAAUAUGGAGACCAAUAACUGUUCUUUUAUGAGGAAGAAUGAAAGCUUUUCCACCGAAGAUAAAAUACAGACGCUAGAGGAAGAGCUGGCUACAGCUGCUGAGGCUGGACUAGCUCUGUUGAAGUCAAAUCAAGAGCUCCAGGAAAGAUGUGAGAAGGAGGCACUCUUCUACCAGAAACAGAUAGAGGAGCUAAAACAAGACAAUCACACUCUGUCCAAUAAACUCUCUGUGCAGGAGGCAGCACACCAGGGAUUCAUUGAUGAAUUGGAUCAUGUGAAAUCUCAAGCCGAAACUGAUUACAAGAGAAGAUUAAACAUGAUAGAGCAGAACCACUCGUACAGGAUACAGCAGCUGAAGUGGGAGCUUGAUGAGACCAAGACUGAGGUAGAGAGGGGGAUUGAAAGGGAGAAGUCGCUGAAGGAGAAGGUGUCCCUGCAAGAGGAAGUGAUUAGAAAGUUGCACGAUGAAACGCCAUCUUGUUCAGACUCUAUGAAAGAUGAAUUAAUUGAUUUACAAAGAAGAUGCAGUUUUUUGGAUUGUCAGAAGCAAGAACUGGAGGGUGAGCUGUCAGCUCAAACGCACACCAUUUCUCAGCUAAAAGAUGACGUACACUCGCACGAAACAAAAAUCAAAGAAUUGGAAGAGACUCUUACAGAUCGUGUUAAAUUGAGCAAUGAGCUCUAUCAUAAUCUUCAAGAGAUACAAGAUCAGAACAAAGCGUUGAAUGAUCAACUAGAGAGGAACAAGUUACAGCAACUUGAGGAGGAUUGGCAGGGAAAAGGGAAUUCAUUGUUUGGUGAAGUGGAAGAGAGGCGGCUAGAGACCGAGCGAAAGCUCAUAAGCUUGCAAGUGAAAUACGACACACUUGAGAGGACACACCAAAUGCUCAAAACUCACUUCAAGAAACUUAAAGCUGAAAUGUCAGUUUUGUUGUGCCGUCAUUCAAGUUUUGCUGCCGACUUGGCUCACGUUGAACGACUUGAGACGAACCUAAGACAAAGGAACAGCGAAAUAACAAGACUCAAUGAUAAGAUUCGUAAACUUGAUAAAGAAAUACAAGAAAGCAAAACUGUCCGUGUUGCUGGCGACUUGGAUUCUAAAGGAAAAAGAUUUGUAGAUUACCUUCAAAACCAAAUUGAACAGAAAGAUAAAUCACUGUGUUCUGUUCGCAAGGAGUUAGAGACCCAGGCUACUCAGUUAGCUUGGGAAGGAACUAAAUUAACGAAUGUUGAAGCUAAACUUCACAAGACAGAGCAGGAGAAAGCAAAGCUGCUCAACGAUGCGACAAAGAUGAGACUCAGAUUGCAGGAAGUGAAAGAGAAAGAAAAUGAACUGAAUGUUCAACUCAAAAUGGCUGAAAAUGAAAUCUCGACCCUUAAGAAUCAACUGAAAGUCAACCUUCGUAAAGGGCACUCAGUUCAAGAAACAGAUACUCCCAAAACCGAUCAAAAUGCUUCAAGGAAAACAACACCAAACACGACUGCAGUAAUAGUCAAGGAAGAGAAGCAAGAGCCAAUUAACUUGCUGGAAGAGAUAGAGAAAGAGAAUUCUACCCCUCCACCUCCUCCUGUUGCUCCUCCAUCUAUCAAUGCUAGUCUUCAUUCUGCACUGUUGUUAUCCUCUUAUCUUAAUGAGACUAAUGUUGAGAAAGCUAAAGGUGGUUCUGUAUCUCCCUCUCCUUUAUCACCAGCUAAGGAAAAUGAGAGCAGUGUCUUAAAAUCUCCGGCUCCAUCAACUCCAGCUGUGCCUACUUUGAAAGUGAUUAAAGUAGAAGAUAAUGUUAAUCGCUGUCCACAGCAAUGAGACUAUAUAACAAUGGUUUUAAUUCAAUACAUGUACAGUAUAUGACCUCCUGUAUUGUAACUAUAGUCUAUGUAGUACAAAAGUUAAUAUAUCAAUGAUUUUUAAAAAUAUCA